CAAUAAAAGCUAAUAAGCAAAUCAAUUCCGUCGCAAACAAACAAAUUAAAAGACUGAACUCAAACAUUUCAACACAGCAGUAUCGAGACAAAUAUAAAAAUAUGGAAAGUAUUAUGAGUGGGGUGAUGGAUCCGGGCGCCCAGAUGGACACUGAAUUAUAUGCAGCAGCUUUGCAACAGCAACUGCAGCAGCAGCUGCAACAACAACGGGACCAGCAACAGCAACAGCAACAGCAACAUUAUGCAUACCAAUAUCAGAAUUCAACAACGCCCACCACACACAUGACGCAAUUAGAUUUUAACAAUCAGCAUCAGCCACAACAACAACAACAACAACAUUCUAAGACAACAAUUAAAGCAGCAACAUCGCCCUCAUCAAUACAUUCGCUGACCAGCGGUAGCAGCAGCAGCAGCAACAGCAACAGCAGCAACGGCAGCAGCAGCACCAGCAACGCUAAUAAUAGUUCCAAUCACAAUGUGGCAUACUCAUUAGCCGUCCUUAGCUAUAAGCAACAGCAGAAGCAGCUGCAGCAGCAACUAGCUAUCAACAGCUAUCCUAAUCUAAGCAAUACUCAACAACAACAUCAACAUCAUUAUCAUCAGAUGGAACUGCAACAGCAACAGCAACAACAACAACAGCAGCAGCCAAUCAGUCUAAAUGGCUCGCCCGAUAACGCCAUCACACCGCCAAUUGCAGCGGGCAGCGCAGCAGCAUCAGCAUCAGCAGCAGUACAACAGCAGCAACAUAUGCAUCAGCAGCAACAGCAACAGCAACAGAUGGGUAGCAAUGAGACAACUGCAACCGCAACAGCAUUGGCAACAGCAACAGCAACGGCAACGGCAGCAACAUCCAGCUAUAAGACUGCCUCCUGUUGGUGCUACGGUGAGUCAGUUUGUUCUGGAAUUGAGGUUGAAAUUGAAAAUAAUAACAAUAAUCAUAAUCAUCAUGGCGAUACCACAUUUCACAUGAAGAUACUGGUGCCGGCGGUGGCCUCCGGGGCCAUCAUUGGCAAAGGCGGCGAGACGAUCGCCUCCCUUCAAAAGGACACGGGUGCUAGAGUCAAGAUGUCCAAGUCCCAUGACUUUUAUCCAGGUACUACUGAGCGGGUUUGCCUCAUCACCGGUUCGGUGGAGGGCAUUAUGACCGUGGUGGAUUUCAUAAUGGACAAAAUUCGGGAGAAACCCGACUUGACCACGAAAAUCAUUGAUGCCGAGUCGAAACAGGCACAGGAACGUGAUAAGCAGGUUAAAAUACUGGUGCCCAAUUCAACGGCUGGCAUGAUCAUUGGCAAGGGCGGCGCCUUCAUCAAGCAGAUCAAGGAGGAGAGCGGCUCCUAUGUGCAGAUCUCGCAGAAGCCCAAGGAUGUCUCGCUGCAGGAGCGCUGCAUCACCAUCAUUGGCGACAAGGAGAACAAUAAGAACGCCUGCAAGAUGAUACUAUCGAAAAUAGUUGAGGAUCCGCAGUCGGGCACCUGCUUGAAUGUCUCCUAUGCGGAUGUGAAUGGACCCGUUGCCAAUUUCAAUCCAACCGGCUCACCGUAUGCCACCAAUCAGAAUGCCAUUAACUCAAGCACCGCCUCGCUGAAUUCCACGCUGGGCACUGCAAUCGGUGGUGCGGCAACCGCAGCCAGUCUUUUGGUCAAUGGCACCGGCAUCAACUUAUCCCUCAAUUUGGGCGCGCCAAAUCCGGCGCCAAAUCUAGCUGUUGCCAAUCAGCUGCUGGAGCACAUUAAGGUUGCCAUGCGGGGCGCUGGCUACUCGGAGACAGCCACCACUGAAGUUUGUGCCGCACUGAGUGUCCUAGCGAAAUACGGUGUUCUCGGCAUGGGCGUGGGCGUGCCACACGCCAAUGGGGCGCAUCCGACGUUGGGCAACUAUCUGGGCGUGACGACACUGGAUCAGCAGUCGGCGGCCGCAGCCUCAGCGGCCUCGAACAAUGUGUUCGGUGCUGUUGGCCAGGUCAACUUUGAGUAUGCCGCCGCUGCAGCUGCGGCCCAUGCGGCGGCCAGUCGGCAGUCAACGCAAUCGCAACUGGAUGUGCAAUUCGAUUCAUUCCGGCAUCUGGGCUCGGCUGGGGCGCCAGCGGCCACGCCCGUCUCGUUGAAUAACAACAGCUUCGGACUGACCGGUGCCACCGGGACGGUGACCAGUGCGCAAUUGGGUGCAGCUGCCUCGAUAGGUGGCCUGAGUAAGAGUCCCACUCCCGGUGAUCUGGGCGCCAAGGAUACGAAGAAUGUUGAGGUGCCUGAAGUGAUUAUUGGCGCUGUUCUAGGUCCGAACGGUCGUAGUUUAGUUGAAAUUCAACAUGUUUCUGGCGCUAAUGUGCAAAUUUCCAAAAAGGGCAUUUUCGCACCUGGCACUAGAAAUCGCAUUGUUACCAUUACUGGUCAGCCGAAUGCCAUUGCCAAGGCGCAGUUUCUAAUUGAACAGAAAAUCAACGAGGAGGAGACAAAGAGCCGUCAAAUUCCAUUAACCACUGUUGUGAAUUAAUAAUCAAGCAAUCAAGCAAGCAGCACAACAACAAAAAACAACAACAACAACAACAACAGCAACCAUCCCCUACCACCCUACCACCCCUGAACCCCCAAACACCCCCCCAUUCAAGCGUAUUUCCUCAACAAAAUAUGUUCAUUAAUUUAAAAA